AGGGAGUUCGUGAGCUGGAAAAAGAAAAUGAAGGUAUUCUUUAAAACCGACUUUGAAUUACUUUUAAUAAUGAAAUUCAGUUUUGUAGCAUCCGAAGGAAAGGAAGAAUACCAAUGGACGAAGGAGCAGGCCGAUUUCGUGGCAAAUGGUAAAAAAGAGUUCCAUCUGAGCGUCUUACCGCCACAAGAAGUCAACCGGAUCGGUACCUACGACUCAGCAAAGGAACUUUGAGAGAAGUUUCUUGAGUUACACGAAGGGACGUCCGAAGCCAAGCUCGCGAGACGAGAUCUGCUAAAGAAUCAGUUACGCAACAUAAAAUUGGAAGAAGAAGAAACCGUUGCACAUCUUCACUCGAGAAUGAAGGAACUAAUCAUCAGACUCAUGAAUCUCGGAGAAAAGUCCAUGAAACGGGAUGUGCAUAUCCAAAGAAGGAGCCGAAGCACAACGUUGCCUUUAAGGCAAGGAUGGAUGAACGAGAUUCAGAAUCCUCUCUAGACGACGACGAAAUUGUAAUGAUAGUAAGAUAAUUUAAAAAUUUAUUUAAAUCUAGAAAAACUAACCAGCUGCAGGGUAGAAAGAAAAGAAUAAUCAGAUGCUACCACUGCAAUGAAGAAGGACACGUUAAAGACAACUGCCCUACGUUAAAGAUCAAGGAUAAGGACAAAGGGAAGAACAAGAAGCCUGCCCAAUUCAACAAGUACAAGAUGCUAAAAGCGACGUGGGAUAAAACGUCGUCCGAAUUAGAAGUUGAAGCUGUUGCCAGACUUGCGUUAAUGGCAAGUCAUCAAGACAACGAAAACGAAGCAAGCUUGCCCGAAAUGAGCAUCGAGAGCAUUGAUGAAGGGGGAGCGAAAGAAGCAACAGUUCAGGGGAAGCUACGGAUAACGAGAUCGACAAGAUAAGUCAGAUGGUGAGGUUGAAGGGAACAACUCCUGUGUUCAACUAUCUCUAGAACUUUGCUGAAUGAGGUCAAAGAGACAAUUGAUUGGGUGCUCCAUUAGCUCUCUUUCGCCUCAUGAUGCUGCAUGCCGUGUUAUAGCAAGACUGAAGAAGGAAAGAGAUGAUGCAAGAAUGCUUUUGGCUCAGGCAGAGAGGAUAGAAGCCAAUAAUGCAAUUGCUAUCAGUGAUCGCAAAAGAGCUGCAGUGGAUGAGUUAGGUCCUGACCAGAAGAGAAUUCGUCCUGGUAUUAAUCCUAUUAUCAUUGCAGAACUUACUGAAUGUAAUACUUUGCUUUCUGGACAACGGAAAAAGCGCCAGAUUCCAACAACACUGGUUCAUGUUGAUACGCUGGACAGAUACACUCAGGUCGCUAGUCAUCCCCUUCACAAGUCUAACAAGCCAGGCAUUCUUGCUCUAGAUAUCGAUGCUUCCAAGGAUGUAAUUGCUACUGGAGGUAUAGAUUCAACUGGAGUUCUUUUCAAUAGGACAUCAGGUCAAAUCUCAUCAACACUCACUGGUCACUCAAAGAAGGUUACCACUAUCAAAUUUGUGCUCGGUGAUGAACUGGUUAUAACUGGAUCAGGUGAUAAGACAGUUCGCAUUUGGAGAGGGUCUGAAGAUGGAAACUAUGAUUGUCGUCAUGUCCUGAGGGACCACACUGCUGAGGUACAAGCUGUCACAGUCCAUGCUACGAAUAAAUACCUUGUGACUGUUUCUAUGGAUAAUACUUGGUGUUUCUAUGACCUCUCUACAGGAUCCUGCCUUACUCAGGUUGGCGAAGCUUUGCCAGAGGAGGGCUACACUUCAGCUUCAUUUCAUCCUGAUGGUCUUAUUCUAGGUACUGGCACUGCCGGAGCCAAGGUUAAAAUUUGGGAUGUCAAGUCUCAGUCAAAUGUUGCAAAUUUUGAUGGGCAUAUUGGUUCAGUGACUGCUGUGUCAUUUUCUGAGAAUGGUUAUUUCCUUGCGACGGCAGCUACAGAUGGUGUGAAGCUUUGGGAUCUUAGGAAGCUAAAGAACUUCAGAUCCUUUUCUCCAUAUGAUUCAAGCACUCCAACAAACUCUGUUGAAUUUGACUUCAGUGGGAGUUAUCUUGCCAUUGCCGGCCCUGAUAUAAGAGUCUACCAAGUUGCCAAUGUGAAGCUGGAAUGGAACAACAUCAAGACAUGGCCUGAUUUAUCUGGAACAGGGAAAGUUACAUCCUUAAAGUUUGGAGCUGAUGCAAAAUACAUGGCAGUUGGUUCUAUGGACCGAAAUCUUCGAAUAUUUGGACUCCCAUGGGAUGGAUCGCAGCAAAUAUCCCCGGAUCAUUGAUGAACCAGCCUGGUUUAGCCAGAGUGUUUCUUCACCUUCAGGUGGCACGUGUUAGUGAGUUCGAGCAGUUGAAAAAUGGAAACAACAUUGUCUGCUCGGCUUGGAAAUUCCUGGUUCCAGCAUAUAUUUUUCUGCGAAUUCACGAUUCUCAUUUCAAAUGUAAAAGAAUGAAGAGUAACUCGUGGAUUUUAUGUAGAUCCAUGAAUCACCACUCACAGCGCCUCGAUUCAUAUCAAUUAUUCUUGGAGCACUAUAAGUUGAACGAUGUGUCAGUAAGGAGAGCUGCCUCUUACGGCGAGUCAAAUCAUACGGAUUUUGGUGUUAACGCUUCUGUCAAGAUGAGGUAUUUUUUGUAGUAUUUUAUUGUUCAAAUGUAACUGGCACUUUGUCAGCCGUACAUGUGCAAACAAUGAUUUGUCGCACAAUGAUUAAGCGUAUAGAAUGUUGAUAGUGGAAUGGCAAGCUGGACUUGAUUUUGUCGGA